UGAUAAUCGUGGUAUCAAAACGGAUUCUGCAGUGGUCAAAGCAACUCCGCCCACAUUCGUACUGAACAACUCCCGCCAUGAGCACACACUCUAUCCUCGCGCUUCCUUCUAUUUUCCCACCAACCAAGCAUUCCCAAUUCACUUACUUCAGCUCCAUAUCUCAAUCCUCCCCUAUCCGUUGCCCUAAUCCCAUUCUCUCUCCACUUUCCUUUCGUUUCCCUUUCAAAUCCCGUCGCUCUCCCUUCUCUGCUGACCCCCAACUCUCCGACGCCGACGACGAAGAACUCGAAGAUGAGGAAGACGAAGACGACGAUUAUGAAGUCGCCGAUGAGUACGACGAGUUUGAAGACGUUUCCGGUGAAGUUUCAGACGAUUUCCAACAGAGCGAAGACGAAAUCUCCGUGGAUUCGUCGAACCGGAAAAAGGAAUCCACUUGGCAACGAGUCGAAAAGCUUUGUAGUUUAGUUAAGGAAUUUGGGGAUGAAAUGAUUGACGUCGAUGCACUCGCUGAUAUUUACGAUUUUCGCAUUGAUAAAUUUCAGAGAAUGUCGAUAGAAGCAUUUCUAAGGGGUUCAUCGGUGGUGGUUUCAGCUCCCACCAGUAGCGGAAAGACUUUAAUUGCGGAAGCUGCAGCCGUGGCGACGGUAGCCAGGAGGAGGAGGUUAUUCUAUACAACUCCGCUUAAGGCAUUAUCCAAUCAGAAGUUUCGACAGUUUAGGGAGACAUUUGGAGAUAAUAAUGUUGGCCUUCUCACAGGAGAUUCUGCUGUCAACAAGGAUGCUCAGAUUUUAGUUUUGACUACAGAGAUUCUACGCAACAUGUUGUAUAAUAGUGUUGGAAUGGCUUCUUCUGGGAAUGGUCUUUUUGAUGUUGAUGUGAUUGUUCUUGAUGAGGUUCAUUACUUGAGUGACAUAUCUCGGGGUACUGUUUGGGAGGAGAUAGUGAUUUAUUGCCCGAAAGAAGUUCAACUGAUAUGCCUGUCAGCAACAGUUUCAAAUCCAGAUGAGCUAGCCGGUUGGAUUGGCCAGAUUCAUGGUAAAACAGAGCUGGUAACAUCGUCAUGGCGUCCUGUUCCACUGACUUGGCACUUCUCAACAAAGACUUCUUUAUUUCCGCUUCUUAAUGAAAAAGGAACACACAUGAACAGGAAGCUGUCACUCGAUUAUUUACAACUUUCUGCUUCAGGAGUUAACUCAUACAGGGAUGAUGGAUCUAGAAGGAAUUACAGGGAUGACGGAUCUAGGAGGAGGAAUUCACAAAGACGUGGAAGAAAUGGUACCGUUGAUAGUACAGAUGGCGUGUCUGAGCAACCUCUUUCAAAGAAUGACAAAAACAUGAUUCGCCGUUCACAGGUUCCUCAAAUUGUUGAUACACUAUGGCAUCUCAAAGCAAAGGACAUGCUUCCAGCAAUUUGGUUCAUUUUUAAUAGGAGAGGUUGUGAUGCAGCUGUGCAGUAUGUUGAAGAUUGCAGCCUUUUGGACGAGUGUGAGGCGAGUGAGAUAGAACUCGCAUUGAAGAAGUUUCGACUUCAGUAUCCCGAUGCUGUGAGGGAGACCGCAGUGAAAGGACUAAUUAGAGGAGUUGCUUCACAUCAUGCUGGUUGUCUUCCUCUAUGGAAAUCAUUUGUUGAGGAGCUCUUUCAACGAGGACUUGUUAAGGUUGUCUUUGCUACGGAAACCCUGGCGGCUGGAAUCAAUAUGCCUGCUAGGACUGCUGUUAUUUCAUCUCUUGGCAAAAGGACAAGCACAGGACGCAUCCAAUUAAGCCCUAACGAGUUGCUUCAAAUGGCAGGGCGUGCUGGACGUAGAGGCAUAGAUGAAAGGGGCCAUGUUGUGAUAGUGCAGACUCCUUAUGAAGGUGCUGAAGAGUGCUGCAAGCUUCUUUUUUCUGGAGUUGAACCCCUUGUAUCACAGUUCACUGCUUCUUAUGGAAUGGUGUUGAAUCUUCUAGGAGGCGCAAAAGUUUCUCGUGGGUCAAACGAAUUGGAUGAAACAAAUACCUUACAAGCAAGGAGAACUUUGGAAGAGGCAAGGAAGUUAGUUGAGCAAAGUUUUGGAAACUACUUGGGGAGCAAUGUAAUGCUUGCUGCAAAAGAGGAGCUUGCUAAAAUACAGAAAGAGAUCGAAACACUGACUUAUGAAAUUAGUGAUGAUGCUAUAGAUAGAAAGAGCCGGAAACUUCUGUCAGAGGUGGCAUAUAAGGAGAUUGCAGAUUUACAAGAGGAAUUAAGGGCAGAAAAACGCCUAAGGACUGAACUUCGAAGAAGGAUGGAGUUGAAGAGAUUUUCUGCCCUGAAACCUCUCUUGGAGGAUUUUGAAAGUGGACAUCUACCCUUCAUUUGCUUACAGUAUAAGGAUUCUGAAGGUGUUGAAAACUUUGUCCCUGCUGUUUAUCUGGCAAAGGUUGAAUGGCUUGUUGGUUCAAAACUUAAGAACAUGGUUUUGAUCGAUGAUUCUUUUGCACUGAGCAAGGCUAGAACCGAGUUAGAUGAUGGAGAGUCUGAGUCUGACGCUUUUCAAGAUGUCGAACCAACUUACUAUGUGGCCCUUGGUUCAGAUAACUCGUGGUAUCUAUUUACUGAAAAGUGGAUUAAAACUGUUUAUAGGAGUGGCUUUCCCGAUGUUGCUUUAACUCAGGGGGAGGCUUUGCCCCGGGAAAUAAUGAGGUCACUUCUUGAGAAAGAGGAACUGCAGUGGGAAAAGCUUGCUGACUCUGAGCUUGGUGGUUUAUGGUCGACGGAGGGAUCUCUAGAGACAUGGUCUUGGAGUCUAAAUGUUCCAGUUUUAAGUAGUCUUUGCGAAAGCGAUGAGAUGUUAUACAUGUCACAAGAAUACAUUGAAUCUGUCGAACAUUACAAAGAACAAAGGCGCAUAGUAUCACGUUUGAAGAAAAUGAUAGGCCGUACUGAAGGCUUUCGAGAAUACAAAAAGAUCGUAGACACGGCUAAGUUUACCGAGGAAAAGAUAAAACGGUUGAAGGCUAGAUCAAAUCAUUUGAUCAAUAGAAUGGAAAAAAUUGAACCAUCUGGUUGGAAGGAGUUUCUGCAGAUCAGCAAUGUCAUUCAUGAAACAAGGGCAUUAGACAUCAAUACACACGUAAUAUUCCCUCUCGGUGAAACAGCAUCCGCAAUCCGAGGAGAAAAUGAACUGUGGUUGGCAAUGGUACUUAGAAACAAAAUCUUGCUAGAGUUAAAGCCUGCACAACUCGCUGCUGUCUGUGCGAGUCUAGUUUCUGAGGGGAUCAAGGUACGCGCAUGGAAAAACAAUAAUUACAUAUACGAGGGUUCCUCUACUGUCCUAAACGUCAUAAGUUUAUUAGAUGAACAAAGAAACUCCUUCCUGCAACUUCAAGAGAAACAUGAGGUAGAGAUACCUUGUUGUUUGGAUAGCCAGUUUUCGGGAAUGGUUGAAGCCUGGGCUUCUGGGCUAUCUUGGAGGGAAUUAAUAAUGGAUUGUGCCAUGGAUGAGGGCGAUUUAGCUCGACUUUUACGAAGAACAAUAGACAUUUUGGCUCAGAUUCCAAAAUUGCCCGAUAUCCAUCCUUUGCUGCAGAAAAAUGCGACAACUGCAUCCGAUGUCAUGGACCGUCCACCCAUAAGCGAGCUCGCCGGAUGAAGCUCCUUUGUAAUAAACUAUAGCAUAGAGUUGAAGAAGCAUAUAGUCCAUUUCUUGUCAUGCAACCACUUGAAGAUAAGGCAAGCACCACAAACCCAAAGAUAGGAAGGAAGAAAAGAAAUCGACUAAAUACUACAUUAAGAUCAGCAACCAGAAGUGUAAAUUCAAGCUUAAUGAUGUCACAACCCAUGUAUAUCUGCUUCACCCAAUAUGUGAGAUAUGAAA